GAAAGUUGUCUGUCAUGGAUGAUGCAGUUGGUACUGUGGUGGAUGCGUUGAAGACAAGAGGAAUGUGGGACGAUACGUUAUUGAUAUUCAUGAGUGACAAUGGAGCAUUAGCAACGCAGUCGGGGUCCAAUUGGCCAUUACGGGGAAUUGCUGCUACGUUGUUUGAAGGCGCUACUCGCGUACCAGCAUUUAUUCAUGGGAGUAUGUUAGCGCAGACUGGAUAUACAAGUAAUGAGUUAUGGCACAUGGUCGAUUUGCAUGAAACGUUACUAUCAAUAGCUGGGGCUAAUUCUGAACGAGGAAUCGACGGUAUAGACAUGUGGAAGACAUUCUCGAUGGGUAAACCAUCGCCAAGAAAUGAAUUUGUCUAUAAUAUUGAUGACUUUGAGCCUUCCCCGGGUGCUGCUAUCAG